CAGCCGGACCAGCUGGCACUGGGAGGGUACAACGUGGGGCCGCCGGCCACCAUGCUCCAGCGCUGCGGCCGGCGCCUGCUACUGGGGUUGGCGGGCGCGCUGCUAGCUUGCCUCCUGGUACUCACGGCCGACCCACCGCCGACCCCAGUACCAGCUGAGCGUGGACGGCGCGCACUGCGCAGCCUGGCGGGCUCCGCUGGGGCGGCUCUGGGUCCUGGGUCCAGGGCUGCCGCGGAGCCCGGAGCCCUCGCCCGCGAGGUGCACAGCCUCUCCGAAUACUUCAGUCUACUCACCCGCGCGCGCAGAGACGCGGAUCCACCGCCCGGGGUCGUUUCCCGCCCGGCCGACGGCCACUCGCGUCCCCCGGCCGAGGUCCUGUCUCCCCGCGACGUCUUCAUCGCGGUCAAGACCACCAGAAAGUUUCACCGCGCGCGUCUCGACCUGUUGUUCGAGACCUGGAUCUCGCGCCACAAGGAGAUGACAUUCAUCUUCACCGAUGGGGAGGACGAAGUUCUGGCCAAGCUCACAGGCAAUGUGGUACUCACAAACUGCUCGGCGGCCCACAGCCGCCAGGCUCUGUCCUGCAAGAUGGCUGUGGAGUAUGACCAUUUCAUUGAGUCAGGAAAGAAGUGGUUCUGCCACGUGGACGAUGACAAUUACGUCAACCUCAGGGCGCUGCUGCGGCUGCUGGCCAGCUAUCCCCACACCCAAGACGUGUACAUUGGCAAACCCAGUCUGGACCGGCCCAUCCAGGCCACAGAACGGAUCAGCGAGCACAAAGUGCGGCCUGUUCACUUUUGGUUUGCCACCGGAGGAGCUGGCUUCUGUAUCAGCCGAGGGCUAGCCCUAAAGAUGGGACCGUGGGCUAGCGGGGGACACUUCAUGAGCACAGCUGAGCGCAUAAGGCUCCCCGAUGACUGCACCAUUGGCUAUAUUGUGGAAGCCCUGUUAGGGGUGCCCCUCAUCCGGAGUGGCCUCUUCCAUUCCCACCUGGAGAAUCUGCAGCAGGUGCCCACCACCGAGCUCCAUGAGCAGGUGACCCUGAGCUACGGCAUGUUUGAAAACAAGCGAAACGCAGUGCAUAUCAAGGGACCCUUCCCAGUGGAGGCUGACCCAUCCAGGUUCCGCUCUAUCCAUUGCCACCUGUACCCGGACACACCCUGGUGUCCCCACACCACCAUCUUCUAGCAGCGGUGGCUGAGACCCUGUCCCUGGGCGCCCCUGGUAUCCAAAGGGCCCAGGGAUCCCUGUUGUGUGUCCUGACCUUGGUGUACAAGGCUCUUCAGGGCUGUGUGUAUGUGUGUGU